CAUUGAAAUCCUGUUUGGGAAAGCUGAAAUCGGAGGAAGCGGUGAUUCUGCCCUUCUUCAGCAGGCUGGACACCCUCAGAAACCAGAGAUGGAGCUUUUCUUGUGCCCUCAGCGGAAGCCAAGGCUUCCUACGGGGAGGCUGUGAAAUCCCCAGCUGCCUCUUCUGCCCACAUUGCUUAUGAACCCACGGCUUGUGGAGCAAGAGUCCCAGAGGGCUUAAGCUGGUGUAUCUUGGAAGACAGCAUCGGAGAGCUCUGGUAUCAGGGAUUUAGGUGAUAAUCAGAGCAGAAGCCCUGGCCAUAAAGCUGCUGGGAUUGCCUUCUGGGCUGAGGAGGGCCUCUGAUCACCUGACCUUCCAUGAAAGCUAUUGAAGAAGACUACUAGGAGGAUGCGUACUGCAGGCCUGUGCACAGCUUCCCUGGCCUCAGUGGGCUUCCUCCGCUUCCUGGGACUGCCCUGGUCUUGGGGUCUGGCAGCUGCUUUGGCUAUCUAUGUGGGCACCGGUGGUUGGCGUUUCCUACGAAUUAUUUUCAAGACAGCACUAAGGGACCUUUUUGGCCUUUCCGUGUUGAUCAGUGUCCGUUAUGAGCUCCGACGGCACCAGCAGGCCAGGCACACCAUUCCAUACAUCUUCCAGGAGGUGGCCAACCGACAGCCACAAAAGGUGGCCCUAAUAGAUGCGGUCAGCGGAAAGCAGUGGACAUUCCAGCAACUGGAUGAGUACUCCAACGCAGUGGCCAACCUGUUCCUGCAGCUUGGCUUCGGGCCUGGCGAUGUGGUUGCCAUGUUUCUGGAGGGUCGGCCUGAGUUUGUGGGACUGUGGCUUGGCCUCGCCAAGGCAGGAGUGGAGGCUGCCUUGCUCAAUGUGAACCUGCGGCUGGAACCCCUCACAUUCUGCCUCAGCACUUCAGGGGCCAAGGCCCUGAUCUUUGGGGGGGAGCUAGCAGCUGCUAUUUCAGAAGUGAGUGUACAGCUGGGGAAAAACCUAGUGAAGUUCUGCUCUGGGGACUUUGGGCCAGAAGGGGUCACCCCUGAUACUCACCUUCUUGAUCCUAUGCUGAGUGAGGCCUCCACAGCACCCCCUAUGCAAGUGCCCCCUAAAGGGAUGGACGAUCGUCUCUUCUACAUCUAUACUUCUGGCACUACUGGGAUGCCCAAAGCUGCAAUUGUAGUACACAGCAGGUACUAUCGAAUUGCAGCCUUUGGGCACCAUGCCUACAGAAUGAAACCUUCGGAUAUAAUUUACAAUUGUCUCCCUCUGUACCAUUCGGCAGGGAACAUCAUGGGGGUGGGGCAGUGCCUUCUCUAUGGGCUCACAGUCGUCAUUAGGAAGAAGUUCUCUGCCAGCCGCUUCUGGGAUGACUGCAUCAAGUACAACUGCACGGUGGUUCAGUACAUUGGUGAAAUCUGCCGUUACCUUUUGAAACAGCCUGUGCGGCCAACAGAGAACCAGCACCACGUACGCUUAGCUGUGGGCAACGGACUCAGGCCUGCCAUUUGGGAGGAAUUCACCUGCCGUUUUGGGGUCCAGCAGAUUGGAGAAUUCUAUGGUGCAACUGAAUGCAACUGUAGCAUUGCCAACCUAGAUGGAAAGGUGGGGGCAUGUGGUUUCAAUAGCCGGAUCCUGCCUAAUGUGUACCCAAUCCGCUUGGUGAAGGUGAAUGAGGAUACAAUGGAGUUGCUGAGGGAUGCCCAGGGGCUCUGCAUUUCCUGCCAGCCAGGGGAGCCCGGUCUUCUAGUUGGGCAGAUCAAUCAGCAAGACCCCCUUCGUCGAUUUGAUGGGUAUGUCAGUGAGAGUGCAACCAACAAGAAGAUAGCAUAUAAUGUGUUCCGGAAAGGGGACAGUGCCUACCUCUCAGGAGAUGUGCUGAUGAUGGAUGAACUUGGCUACAUGUAUUUCCGGGACCGGAGUGGAGAUACAUUUCGCUGGCGUGGGGAGAAUGUCUCCACAACUGAGGUGGAAGGCGUCCUGAGCCGUGUUCUGGGCCAGACUGAUGUGGCAGUUUAUGGGGUGGAUGUGCCAGGAGUGGAGGGUAAGGCUGGAAUGGCUGCCAUUGCUGACCCCCAUACUAUGCUGAACCCCAACGCCCUGUACCAGGAGCUACAGAGAGUACUUCCACCAUAUGCUCGUCCCAUUUUCCUUCGCCUCCUGCCUCAGGUGGACACAACAGGGACCUUCAAGAUCCAGAAAACACGGCUUCAGCGUGAAGGAUUUGACUUGCACCAGACAUCAGACCGACUCUUCUUCCUGGACCUGAAGCAAGGGAGAUAUAUCCCCAUGGAUGAAAAUGUCUACACUGGCAUCUGCACAGGAGCCUUCUCCCUUUAACAGAGCUCACUGCCCCAUACCUUGCCCUCUUCCUCCCUGGCAGUGAUGGAUGGGACUGAGGACAGCAACCAUAGCCCCGCCCUGUUCUGUCCUGGACCCAGCCACUCUCCUUCCCAAAGAAUGAGUGUGGUGGGGGAGGGCACAAGUUGGCCUAAUGUAAUUUAUCAAAAUUGCUUUUUAAGCUCCUCCCUGACCCCACCCCUCAGAUCCAGGGCUCUGGUUCAAGCAGGAGCUAAAGUUGGACAGGACUUAAAGAGGAUCCUGCAUGGGAUCCUCAAGGUUGCUGGAGUAUUUGAGGGUUGGGUUGCAGCCAAGAGGCCCACAUGGUUUGGAGCAUUUAAACCCAUGUGACUCCUGGAUGUUUCCCAAAUGAGGGUUUGAUACCCCAUCACAGGAUGCUAUGUGUGGUCCAUCUGGCUCCUCCUUCUAGGGCUAGAGGGGACUCCUGACAAACAUAGGCUGUAUCUGGGGUGGGGAGGUGGGGCAGGGUAUGGGGAGCUGCCACAAAGCCCUGUCUCAUCUGGUCUGCUUUAGCCAGAGUUGGUCAGCAAGGGUCAUUUCUCUGCUUUUCUUUGCUCCUUAACUACAAACUGCCCCAGACAGGAGGGCAACAAUGUCAAUGCCUCUUUUGCACAGAGGGGACCAUUCCUGCCUGUUUUAUUGGUUGUGCCUUAAGGAACCCUCAGUCAUUAAGUCACUGUGUUCCAGUACUUACUUUUAACUCAGUUUAAACUUCAGGAGUGGAUUUGCCUUCAUUCCCUUACUCAGUGCUGUGAAUGGUGGGGACAGUGCUCCUGUGGACAAGAAUAGACUGGUCUGAGAGGCUGCAGGCCAACAUAGGUGGUUUGUGCUUAAUCCAAGUUAACUGGAAAUCUCAUGUAUUUGAUCUCUGACCUCCAGUGGAAGCCCCCAGCCCAGUCCUGCUGACAGUUACCAUUCAGAAGCCUAUGCUUGGCCCUUCUGGUAGUGACUAUGCAGAUAGCCCGGUAUCGUCUUUCUGGUAGUGACCAACUGAUGAUCCAGAAACUUCUCAGGCUGGUGAUGAGUACGUGCUAUUUCUUUCGGGUGUUUUCAGGCAUGGCAAUUUUAUUUUUUAGUUUGAGUUAAAAAAAAUAAACUUGACAACAAGCUCUGA